AAGCAGGCAUUGCAGCUAAGCUAAACUCAUUCAAUAGUUUUUUUUCUCUUUAGUUUUUCGAUUGUUUCUCAAAAAAAUGGGAACUACGGAAAUUGAAGCAACACCAAAACUAGCUGAGGAAGUGGUGAAAGAGGAGGGUGAAAUGGACGAAAGCGAGGUGUCUCCGAUUGAACAAGUUCGUCUGACAGUGCCCGACACCGAUGACCCUUCGCUCCCUGUAUGGACUUUCCGUAUGUGGUUCUUGGGUCUUUUCUCUUGCGCCCUCCUUUCCUUCCUGAACCAGUUUUUCGGCUACCGAACCGAGCCGCUCGUCAUCACCCAAAUCACCGUCCAGGUGGCCACUCUUCCCAUCGGACGCUUCAUGGCUUCGGCUCUUCCCGCCACUAAGUUUCGUAUACCUGGGUUCGGUUCGAAGGAAUUCUCGCUUAACCCCGGACCGUUUAACAUGAAGGAGCAUGUUCUAAUAACGAUAUUUGCUAAUGCUGGAAGUGGUUUUGGAAAUGGUACUGUUUAUGCUGUUAGUAUUGUUACCAUAAUCAAGGCUUUUUAUGGAAGGAGCAUCUCUUUCUUCUCUAGUUGGCUUCUUAUCAUGACUACACAGGUUAUGGGAUAUGGUUGGGCGGGGAUACUGAGGAAGUAUGUGGUGGAGCCGGCGCACAUGUGGUGGCCCUCUACCCUUGUUCAAAUUUCUCUCUUCACGACUUUACAUGAGAAGGAAGAAAAUAAGGAUGGCAAGCGCCCCAUAGCACGAGUGAAAUUCUUCGUGAUUGCAUUAGUGUGUAGCUUCUGCUGGUAUGUUUUCCCAGGUUACCUCUUCCAAACCUUGCAAAGCAUCUCUUUGGCUUGCUUGGUCUUCCCCCAUUCGGUAACCGCCCACCAAAUCGGCUCAGGCAUGAAUGGUCUCGGCAUUGGGGCCUUCACACUUGACUGGACAACCGUUGCCUCUUUCUUGUUUAGCCCGCUUGUUUCGCCCUUCUUCGCCAUUGUAAACGUCUUCAUAGGAUAUGCCUUGAUUAUAUACCUCGUGAUGCCGGUAUCUUACUGGGGACUAAACCUAUUCAACGCGAAAACAUUUCCCAUUUAUUCAUCGGACUUGUUCACCGCACAAGGUCAGGAGUAUAACGUUUCGUUGAUUGUUAACAAGAAGUUCGAGAUCGAUUUCCCAGAGUAUGAGAAGUUAGGGAGGGUCCAUAUGAGCACUUUCUUCGCUAUCACCUAUGGAUUUGGAUUCGCUACUAUUGCUGCCACCGUAACACAUGUGGCCUUGUUCUAUGGAAGGGAAAUUUAUAGUCGAUAUCAAGCUUCUUCAAGGGAAAAGCCUGAUGUUCACACAAGACUGAUGAGAAACUACAAAGACAUACCUUCGUGGUGGUUUUAUUUGCUUCUUGCCGUCUCAAUUCUUCUGGGCCUUGUACUCUGCAUCUUCUUUAAAAAGGAUGUUCAAAUGCCUUGGUGGGGACUGUUAUUUGCUGCUGCACUUGCCUUCUUUUUCACUUUGCCUAUAAGCAUUAUAACAGCUACGACUAAUCAAACACCAGGGUUGAAUAUCAUUACAGAGUAUAUAAUGGGAGCAAUAUUGCCUGGACAACCAAUAACCAAUGUUUGUUUUAAGACCUAUGGGUACAUUAGCAUGGCUCAGGCUGUCGCUUUUCUUAGUGAUUUCAAGCUCGGUCAUUACAUGAAAAUUCCUCCAAGAUCAAUGUUUCUGGUUCAGUUCAUCGGAACCAUGUUAGCCGGAACGAUAAACCUUGGAGUGGGCUGGUGGCUUCUAUCUUCCGUCGAGAACAUAUGCCAUAAAAAUCUUCUCCCAGCAAAUAGUCCUUGGACAUGCCCCGGCGAUAAGGUCUUCUUCGAUGCAUCGGUCAUCUGGGGUUUGGUUGGACCAAAACGAAUUUUCGGCUCACUGGGGGAGUACUCAACUCUUAACUGGUUCUUCCUAGGAGGACUAUUAGGACCAGUUGUAGUAUGGCUGUUGCACAAGGCAUUCCCCAGUCAGGCUUGGAUUCCCCUUAUCAAUCUGCCAGUGCUUUUAGGCGCAACAGGCAACAUGCCACCAGCAACCCCAUUGAACUAUACUUCCUGGAUUAUCGUUGGAACUAUCUUCAACUUCUUUGUCUUCAGGUAUCGAAAGCGAUGGUGGCAAAGGUAUAAUUACAUUCUAUCAGCAGCAUUGGAUGCAGGGACAGCAUUCAUGACAGUGCUGAUUUACGUUGCACUGGGUGUUGAGAGUAAGAGUUUGCACUGGUGGGGUGCUAGUCCUGAUGUUGUCCCGGAGCACUGUGAUCUAGCAACUUGCCCUACCGCUAAGGGUAUAUUGGUUGAAGGGUGCCCAAUAUUUUAAGCUUCGUGCUCUGUUAGAGUCUGCUACUUUUUUAAUUAAUGUUCUCAAGGUCUCAGCAUGGCAAAGAAUUUAAAAAAAAAAAACUCAAGCAUAAUAAAAGAAUUUGGUUGCAGAAAAGAAGAUUCUAAUUAGUAUACAACAUUUUAAGAUUAUUGCAUGAAUCGAAAGAAA